AUGCGAGGAUGUCUGCAGGUAGCCCGAUGGCUGAGCGCAGCGCGGAAACCUCCGGCUGCGAGCCUCAAGUCGCUGGCUGGACUUUCAUCCUGCUAUAACUCCCUACGAUCCUUCACAACCUCCGCGGCCUGGAGCGCUCGAUCAAAGUCAUAUACACCGGAUACCGAUCUCGAGCGACGAAUCGCAGCCAUCCCCCUCGAUCGAUAUCGCAACUUUUGCAUUGUCGCGCACGUCGAUCAUGGAAAGAGUACCCUUUCCGACCGAUUACUCGAGCUUACCGGCACCAUUAAGCCGGGCCAAAACAAGCAGGUGCUAGACAAACUUGACGUUGAGCGGGAACGGGGAAUCACAGUCAAAGCGCAAACGUGCACAAUGAUUUACAACCACAAUGGCGAGGACUACUUGCUGCACCUGGUGGAUACACCAGGGCAUGUGGAUUUCCGUGCGGAGGUUUCGCGUAGUUAUGCCAGUUGCGGUGGUGCUUUACUUCUGGUGGAUGCUAGCCAGGGUAUUCAGGCACAGACAGUGGCCAAUUUCUAUUUGGCUUUCGCACAGGGCCUUGAGUUGAUCCCUGUCAUUAACAAAGUUGACCUGCCGUCGGCAGAUCCAGAGCGGGCUCUGGAACAGUUGAGAAACUCAUUUGAGCUCGAUACUGAGAACACCGUCCUGGUCUCUGCCAAGACUGGACUCAAUAUCGAGGCUAUCCUUCCGACGGUCGUUGAAAAAAUCCCUGCGCCCAUUGGCGACACCCAGAAACCUCUUCGUAUGUUGCUGGUCGACUCUUGGUACGAUUCUUAUAAAGGCGUGAUUCUUUUGGUGCGCGUUUUCGACGGCGAGGUGCGUGCCGGCAUGCAGCUGGUAUCAUUUGCUACGGGUCUGAAAUACUAUGUCGGUGAAGUCGGAAUCAUGUAUCCGACGGAGACACCCCAAACAGUCCUCCGUGCAGGUCAAGUCGGAUACAUUUAUUUCAAUCCCGGAAUGAAAAUCAGCAAAGAAGCCAAGAUCGGUGACACAUUGGCUCGAGUGGGCCAGGAGAAGCAAGUCGAAGCUCUGCCCGGUUUUGAAGAGCCAAAGUCAAUGGUUUUCGUGGCUGUGUAUCCUAUCAAUGCUGAUCUUUUCGAGCAUCUGGAUGACAGCAUUAACCAGCUCGUCUUGAAUGACCGAAGUGUGACGGCCCAAAAAGAGUCCUCCGAGGCUUUGGGAGCUGGUUUCCGUAUGGGUUUCUUGGGCACUCUUCACUGCUCCGUUUUUGAAGACCGUCUGCGUCAGGAGCACGGUGCCAGUAUCAUCAUCACACCUCCUUCCGUCCCCGUCAAGGUCGUGUGGAAGGACGGCACCGAGGAAAUCAUUACUAAUCCGGCAAAAUUCCCCGAUGAUGAUAGCCUGCGGCUUAAGGUCGCCGAGGUCCAGGAGCCUUAUGUCUUGGCAACAUUGACCUUCCCCGAUGAAUACUUAGGGAAGGUUAUCGAGCUUUGUGAAGCCAACCGAGGUGAGCAGCAAAGCAUUGAAUACUUCACCGCAAGCCAGGUCAUCAUGAAAUAUGAACUUCCCAUGGCACAUCUUGUGGACGACUUCUUUGGCAAGUUGAAGGGAGGCACCAAAGGUUAUGCUAGUCUGGAUUAUGAGGAAUCUGCUUGGCGAGCAGGAAAUAUUGUCAAGCUCCAACUUCUGGUGAACAAAGAGCCUGUGGAUGCUGUGUCACGGCUCAUGCAUAUGAGCCAGGUCAGCCGCCAAGGAAGGCAAUGGGUGACCAAGUUUAAAGAGCACGUUGAUCGGCAACUGUUCGAGAUUGUGAUCCAAGCUGCUGUUGGAAAGAAAAUCAUUGCUCGUGAGACCAUCAAGCCCUACCGCAAGGAUGUCUUGGCCAAAUUGCAUGCCAGUGAUGUUAGUCGGCGGCGAAAACUGCUAGAGAAGCAGAAGGAGGGUCGUAAGAGGCUCCGCGCAGUUGGAAAUGUGGUGAUCGAUCACAAGGCAUUCCAGGCAUUCCUGUCUAAAUAA